GCUGCCCACGCGAAAAUACCGCGCCGGGUGCCUCGCCCACGGACAGGAGAAGCAGAACCGCUGCGGGCAAUGCACGUCCAUGAAUGCUGCGAGCAGCCACGGUAACACCAGCCCGACACAGCAUGACGGCGGCGCCAAACCGACACCACGAGUCCAAUCGAGCCCCCGUCGCAGCGCGCGCCGGAGCCACACCCGCCCCAGACACAUCGAGACCGCCCGCUGCUUUUGCGGCCAAGCCGUGCUGCGCGUAGGCAGCGUGGGCAUAAGAGCGUAGGCGAGCGUGGGCAGCGGCCGAGCAAGCGUGUGAGACAGCCAACGCAGCGAUGCACCAGGUGCCGGCCGCCGAGCAUGGGGGGACGAGCCGCGACCGCAGCAGGCAGCGCGCGCGCACUGAGGUCGGUGCGAACAGGAGCAUGUGGAACCGCCUGAGCCUCAACAAGAUCGGCAGCUGGCUGAAGCGCGACGACGACGAGCCGCAGUCGCCGACCAAGGCCAGCCCGGAGCCCACGAAGGAGAGCGAGCGCCCGCAGUCGCGCCCGCAGUCGAGCGGCGGUCUGCUGCACCGCCGCGGCAGCAGGAAGGUUGUGCCCGGCCUGCCGCGCCCGCUGACCUUCAAGCGCAUGCAGAGCGAGAUGCGCGACAAGCUGCUCGAGGUGCCCCCGGAGCCCGACCAGCGCCGCGCCACGUCGGCCGACCGCAAGCCCUCGAUUGUCGCGAACCGCGCCCUCACGCCGCCGCCGCUGUCCAUCCCGUCCGUGUCCGCGCCCGACGUCCUGAGCCCGCACGAGAGCGGCAUCCACAGGCAGGAGCAGCAGAAGGAGCACGAGCUGCCGCAGUUUACCAUUGGCGGCGGGCCAGACUCGAACUUGCCCGCCGGCGCACGCCAGGUCGACUACAGCAUCGAGAACCUGCAAGACGGCGCGCCCAGCAGUCCUCCCAGCAGUCGCCCCAGCAGUCCUCCCCCCAGCAGUCCUCCGCCCAUCGAGCUGGAGGACUCGUACCGCGACCACGGCCACGACCACGACCACGACCACGACCACGACCACGCCUCACACCAUUCGCUCUCCGACGGCGACGAUGCACGGUUGCAGGAGGAGCUGGAGGCGAAGUGGAUCCUCAACCUCAGCAUGCACUUCCGCGACAUGUCCGACCGAGAAAAGUUCUUCGUCACCUACGCAGAAGAACGCAACCAGUGGCGGCGAGUGACAGUCUCGUGCGACUACCGCCACCUCGAGCCCGAUUCUCUCGAGGCAGACCUAAAGUCACUCCACUACCAGCGAGACAAGAGCGCCCGGAUCUACGAAGCCAUACGCGACUCGCUGCCCUCCAUACAGUUCUACGACACUGUCACAAACUUGAAGCUCGAGACAGACCAAGGCCGCCUGCACGUCCACGUCACCGAAGACGUCAACGAGAUCAUCCCCUACCCGUCCAUCUCAGCAAUCAGCCAUCUUGACUUCCAGCGUUUCAAAGAAAGAGACAUCGACUUCGACUCGCACAUCUCGGGAUUCGUGUACAAGGUCGGCGCCAAAAACCGGACGUACAUCAAGAAGGAGAUCCCCGGCCCAGACGCUGUCGAUGAGUUCCUCUACGAGAUCAACGCCCUCUGCAGCCUGCAAGACUCCAAGUCAGUCAUUCAGUUUGAGGGCGUGAUCGUCGAUGAGACCGGCGAGCUGAUCAAGGGGCUGCUGAUCAGCUAUGCCAAAGAAGGUGCGCUCGUCGACAUGAUCUACGACUUCAAGCACCAGCUCUCGUGGGACCGGCGCGAGAAGUGGGCCCGCCAGAUAGUGGAAGGACUCUCCGAGAUCCACGAAGCUGGAUUCGUACAAGGUGACUUCACCUUGUCAAACAUCGUCAUCGACAGCAACGACGACGCAAAGAUCAUCGACAUCAACCGCCGCGGGUGUCCGGUGGGCUGGGAGCCACCCGAGCUGGCGAGGCUUAUCGAGAGCGGUCAGAGGAUCUCAAUCUACAUUGGCGUCAAAUCAGACCUCUUCCAGCUGGGCAUGGUGCUCUGGGCGCUUGCCGAGCAACAGGACGAGCCAGAGCGCCAGGAACGACCGCUUAUCAAGACACUGAACCGGCCUUCCAACAUCCCCGAGUUCUUCAAGGACGUCGUGAGAGCGUGCCUCAGCGACAGGCCGCGUGACCGCCUGACAGCCAAGGCUCUGCUGAGCAGGUUCCCGGAACCCCUGGAAGUCGACAGCUUCAAACCCAGGAACGCAAUCAGGGACAGCCUUUCCUCGCACAGGAGCGACAAGGAGUAUAUCGAUCCCAUGAUGGCUGUAGACCACAACGAUAUCACACAGCAUCGCCAUUUCUCCCACUCGAGGUCGUCGUUUGAGAAGAUCAACAUGCCCAAUAUGCCGUCAACAGAAUACGUACCGUCAGCGGGAUCCUACGUCAUGCAAAACAACCAAGUCGAGCGUGGCCGAUCGCCAGAUCAUACCAGGAGCAGGAGCAGGCACCGUCAAAGCGACUACUCGCCAUACCCCGGUCACCAGUCUAUCUUGUCUCUUGACGACUCCGAGCUGGACAACGACCUGGCAAGCUUACCCGCAAGCCGCGAGACCAGAUGGGAGCAGGUGUAUGUGGAUGGGGACACGAAGCUCGUCCAACGGGGUGGAGGCGAAGCCAGUAUGCACGACUUCGACAAUGAAGCGAAGGAAGUGUACAUCACGCCGGGAGGUCUCGAUAGUCCCUUCGUAGACUCCAGGUCGAGCGACAACACGCCGCUCAACCUCUCCGUCGCCGAUGCACCGCCAGUGCCAUCACAGCUGACGCCCACAUACGGGCAGGACCGCACAGUAGCAAACAAGGCUUCGUUUAGCGACCGCGUGCACCAACUGGCUCAAACACAAGCUCAGGAUGGCACACCGAAGCAGCGUGAUGCCCAUCAUGAUCACGACCAUGACCAUCCUCCCGAACCCCACCACCAAUCUCCGGAUACCGAUUUCCUGGCAGAGCUUGAACUCGAGUUUGAAUACGAUUCAGCAUCAGCACCAAGCUCACUUGCGCCGUCUCGUGUAGGUACUGGUUUCUCGAUCUUCGAUCGUCCCGAACGCAACUACCGAGUGGGGACUGGCUUCACCACAUUCUCAGCCAACACAAACUUCAACUCUCCACUCCGUCAGGAUACAGGCUUUGCCGAGCCUUCAAAGGAUCUACACGAGAGCGAGCAUUCACACAAGAAGCUCAGCGAGAGCAUGCAAACGCAGACAGCUCCUCCAGAGCAGGAGAGAAUCAACGAGAGGAUGUGGGAGUCACCCGCAACGACAGCCCCCGGAUUCGGCGAUGGCGUAAGAGGAGACGAACUCCAGCUAGCGAACGACGACCCAUACACAUCGGCGAUGUCAACAACCGGCCCCGUCAAAGCCAUACACACCCCAGCUCUGACAGGCGCCCCUGCCUCCCCCGGAAAGACCGUAAACUACCUCCACCCCCCACUCGACAAGUCGCUGGAAGAGAAGCCAUCCAACACCACAAUCCGCCCCUCCACCCCCCCUCUCAGCACCACCAACAACAACACAUCAACCGCCCCCCCACCCCUACCCCACCACGACACAAAAGCCGUCUUCGAACCCCUCGCCACCCCCCAGUACGAACACGAGUACUUUGCGCGCCUGCGGACAAACUCGGAUCUCGCCAAUAAGCGCUCCCAGGACCUGGAGGACUAUCUUAACAGUGAGAUUGAGUAGUGAAGAUAUGAGGCGAAGAAGAAGUUUCCAAGACAAGGAUAAGAUGGGGACUACGAGAUGGGGACGACGAGACGAAGGAAGACGAGGGAAGACGAGGAUACGAUGAGGAUA